AGUCCUUCAAAGAAGAAAGGAACUGCGCAAGGAUUGGAUCAUCAGGAUAAAAAUGAGAUUGAUGGUGAUUCAACGACUUCUGCUGCGCAAGAAGAGCAGACGGUUGAGAAAUCAAGCGGCACUUCCGAAAAUGAUAAUCUCUCAAAUGAAUCGGUUAAUCCUGCCAGAAAAAGUGAACAAACAGAUGAGAAACUAAUUAAUAAUGAGGACGAUAAACAGGUUACUGAUGAAGAAAACAGUUCUACUCCUACACAAUAUGAUGAACAACCAGUCGAGCAGCUAGCUUUUGCUCUUGAAUUCGAUCAGGUUACUGACAAAGAAAUCAAUUCUGCUGCUGCACAAGACCAACAAGUGGGCGAACAGCCAGCUAUAGAUUCUGAAUUCGAUCAGCAAAAGGAAAAGUUGCGCAAUGCUUCUCAUCAAUCUGCCGAAAGCUUGAAGAAUCAGAACGAUGCGCUGCUUGCCUCCAGUUCAGCCUUAACUUCAAGAGACUCUAGCAGCACUUUUCCCAAUAUGGAUCCAUCAAGUUUGCAAGCCAUCAUAUCCAUGAAUCAACAGGGCAGGAGCGGAGAUUGUGGUCCAUGGAGACAGGUAGCAUAUCGACGAGAAACAUCAUUGAGUGGCCCACCAGUGCUGGAUAAAGUGAAAACCCAGUAUGAUCAUGUGCUGUGGAUCUCGGAAAAAGAGUACGUGGAGAAAUCAUUGGCCGAAUGGAUGCAUGUUCCAAUGGACGGUGGUGCUUUGGACUGCAAAAUCCGAUUGAUUUUGCAAGCAAUUGUACAGCUUGAAGAUAUUCUCAACUCACCAAUCACAACAUGGGACGAUUAUUUUAACAUGAAAAAGUACCUGCAAACGCUGAUUGAUGUUAUUGUUGCGGAAGCCAAUGCACUCAGAGGACAAGCGGGACAAGCCCGAUCUCAAUCUGCCAUGGUAAGCAGCCUAUCCAGUACCGGUAAUGUAAAUGAUGAAAAGCAACAGGAAAACAAUGAAAAGGAGGAAACUGCAAAGCCCAACUCAGAAAACUGA